AUCAGACGUUUACCACAUAGCCCACGGCAACUGGAAGUUGGUUGGUAGAACUUAACCGUAGCUGGCCAAAAAUCGAUAAUUCAGGUCGAACAUUGUCGACUGAGUGUUCGCGAAGUGGAGUGAACAUUCCAAAGGCAGGUAAUCCGCAGAGAAGAUUACUUGUCUCUCAGUCCGCCAGCUGAAGGACUGGAUGUUACAGGGUAAUCGGGGAUGUCACUGGGAUAUUACAUACGUACAUGCGUGAGCUGGUAGCGCACGGGACGGAAUGGCACCGCGAUGCUUCCACGCGUACCGUGCAUGCGUAAUUGUAGUGCGUGAGAAAGAACAUGUGACCCAAUUUCAACUGCGUGUUGGCUGAGAAUACGGCUCGCAUCAUGACAGGCGACAGGUGGAAAAGUGAGCUGGAACCGCAAGAAGUGCUUCAGUUUAAGAAGUGUUUGUUGUGACUGCAGCAGAGAAUGCAGGGACGAAGCUGAGUAUGACAUUCAGUAUCUGUGAUGUCAUGUGUUACGUUAACGAGUGACAUGACGUGUCCCGUCUCCGUGGUCAUGAUUCGGCAUGUGCACAGAAGAAACGAAAUAUUGUGUGGUCCUACUUAAAUCUAUGCUGUUUCGAGUUUAAUAAUAUUUAAUAAUGAUUUCUCUUCUGGCCGCAGUAUAUAUUUUUAACCAGAAUUAAACGUGUGAUAUAAGCAGUCGUUCUGUUAGCAAGAUGCAAAUAAACUGCGUCACAUUUGCGACUUCAGUGUUGUCGUUGUCUUCCAUUAGUUUAUAGAUGUACAUUCUAAAGUAGGAUACUUGAACCCCUUCAAGUUUUGUAAAAUGUGAGCGGGUCGUGUUUUAUGUUUUCAUACCUACAGUUAGUGAAGUCACGGAUGCUCAGUGUUAGGUUCCAGAAACAGGACAUUUCGUUGGAACUGAACAGAGUAGUAUUUCUUGUUUUUAAGGCUACACAGCUCUUUUAAAUUGAUUGUUCUCCAAUCGUCUGUAGACACGUAAUUUGGCUUAUGAGUUAUCUGCUUCUAGCGUAAAACUUUCGGACCUUAAAAUCAGUAUUACGUGUUAGACCUUUACUUGGCUGGGCACGCGUCAAAUAUCUGUGAUAGCCAUGGAUGCCGGUCUGAAGAGGAACAAAGAACGCACUCCACGGCGCGAACUUAGUCUGAAUUACGACCGCGAGUGACCUUUGGCUGUCGCUGUGACAGCUAUUGACAGCAUUCUGGGCACGAACAGUCUUAGUCCGGAUGGUGACUGCGAUUGACAUUUGGCUCUUAAGUCAGGAGCAACGACGUCGUCGGUUACGACGACGAUGAACGAGGCCGGUGCGGUUGUGUCAUGCUGCUCGUUCCAAAACCGCCUUGCCCCGCCAGAGUAUCGUAAGUGGCGCCGUGUUCACGGUCUUCAGCUUCCUCUGCACCCUCAGCAAGUUGCAGGAUGGUUGGCACUCCUCGGUUUCAGCGCCGCCACCUUCCUGGUGCUAGUCCCCGCUCUAGGGUCCACCCUGCGUUUCCCUGUCCUCGCAGUAUUAGCCUCCCUCUUCCUGAUUCACAUGUCUUCCCACCUGACUGCCCUCCUUCUUGACCCGGCUGAUCCAAAUCUUCGACUGCUCAAAGUGGCAGUCGCCAUACCCGAGUUCGAUCGCUCCAAACACGCCCAUGUCAUCGAGAACGGCCGCUGUCAUCUGUGCAACAUCCGGACCUCGAGCCCUCGGACUAAACACUGUAGCGUGUGUAACAAAUGUGUCGAGCGUUUUGACCACCACUGCAAGUGGCUGAACCACUGUGUAGGUAGCAGGAACUAUGCCGCGUUUGUCGUGUGUGUCGUUUCUGCCGUUGCUGCUUCAAUGAUAGUGGUGGUUGUGUCUGCUGCUGAGCUUGUAUUCUACCACACUGACCCAGGAUGGCUGUCGCUAUGGGAGAAUUGCAACAUUACCACAUGUGAGGAACCAACCACUCUCGUUUCCAUUGGAGUAUUUCCGGUCAAAGAUACUAUAUUCCUUGUAGUAAUAGGUUCCUUGGGGGUCCUUGGGUCGAUAACAGCUGGACUGCUACUGCAUCUCUGCCUCUUCCACGUUUACAUUUCUUUCCUGGGCAUAACCACUUAUGAAUACAUCCGGAGUUACCGCCAGACGUUUGGGAGCAGUGCUGUCGCGCCUUCUGGACAGCUCAGUCCAACGUCUGAAGCUUUAGUUCGUGGACAGCGAAGAAGAUUUAAAGUUUUCCGUUGCUGUGGUACCUCUGUUUCCACCACUUCAAGAGCGAGCCCCAACAACACUGUAAUCCCCGCAGAAGAGCAGCUAAGACGAAAAUGUUGCCUAGAUCCACCACCACCACCACCACCCGCGUCCCCGUCACCGAACGGAACUGUGAAUCGCAGCGAGAAACAUUGCCCCUUAUUUACGGCAGACAAUAGCAGUCACAGACACCGAGUUCUGUGUUGCUGCCUACCUUUCAGUGAACAUCCUUCGUGCACAACGAACCAACACCCGUCCUAUGGUGACUCAACUCAGACCAGCAGUGAGAGUGAUAAUCAAAUUAACAGUGGUACGAAUGAAGGGAAUACAAAAUGUAUUUAUUGUGUUAAAACACCAAGAAUACGACAAGGAACACCAAUUGAAACCGAGCCAAGAGAAAGUAGAACUGAACAUUGUUCAGUUUGUCAUGAUUCUGUUGAAUCUGCUGACAACGGAACCACGACGGAAGAAACUGAAUCAGUAACUGACAGCGAUCGCAAAGUGGAAACAGUGAACACCAAGAACGAUACGAAACAUCCAUCUCAAUGCCAGUGGCCAAGGACGACGAUUCGCUGCGGCGCUCUGUGGACAUGCGUUUUCCGCCAACAUCACAGUUCUCAGUCAGAAAUCUCCGCACAAAGUGUUAGAUGCAAUCAGAUAAUGCCUUCGUCCGUCUCCGCUCCACACGGCCAUCCCCAGCCACAACCCCUUCUCGUGGUUCCGGCGCUGGAAGAAAAUGUUCUCAAACACUCACCGGACUUCUCUGCUGUUGCCAAAGAAGCGUCCCUCCCGGCUCUUGCACCUCCCACGCGGCGUCGGCGUCUACGUAGUGUAACGGAUCUAAAAAAAUUGAGUGAUGCUCUUGCGAUGGUUCAGGAGCCCCAACAGAAGGUCCCUGACGUGGAGACAUUGAGAGCCGCGUUUCUUGCAACAUCUCAGCGUCGGCAGAGGAGGAAAAGUAUUCAUCGCACGAGAUCUCCUGGCCUGUCUCCCAUUCGAGAGUCCGGGUUAUCCAACCCGUCUUCUCCACAGUUGUCGGGCUACUCUAGUCCUGCUUCUCGGAGAUCAAAAGUCAAGGAAACCACUUUCCGUUCUUUCGACAGUGGUCAGCACGAAGUGAGGAAGUCGGUACAAAGGUCACAGAGUAACGACGAUGUAAUCUUCACAGUACGUGCCCCUUGGCAGCAGCCGUUCCAGUAGGCCUGACACCAACUGAACCGUUUCGUCUGCAUGUUGCCACCUUCUGAGUUGGGAAUGCAGUUCUGGAAAGAGGCAUUGGGCUCGCCAUGCUACUUGGUUGCCCCCAUGG